AAUUACUUGAACUUGCCUGCCAGUCUUCUCGAGAGCAAUGGGCUGAUUUGUACUGAUUGAGACCCUGUUAUUAUUUCAGCCAAUCGCCAAACGAGCGCAGAUGGACCGGUUCUCCCUCCUCGAAUUGCCCGCGCGUUGGUUCGUUUGCGCACCGUGAAGCUUCCUUUCUCUCCGCAAGAUGACGCCGCGAACGAAAGCAUGCAAUUGCAUUACACAUCUCAAGCGAGCAACCUCUCAUCGUCAAUAUGGUCUGCACAUAUACACUCCCUGCUGGGACUUCGGUCGCCACAACGCGACCCCGCGCCUUUGUCGAGGCCCACACUCGACAACCCGAACCUUGUCUUCAACGCGAAUCUUGGUCACAACAACAGCACAGUGUAGGGGGCAAUGGGAGUCAGAUCGGCAUAAAAGAUAUGCAUUCUGGGUCCGAAAAUCACCUUUGCUCCCACGCGGCGCUCGGGGCAUCGUCAACACGCAUGCAAUGACAUCCAACGUCACUGAACCUUCGGUGGAGAACUUGCACGUCGAGGCUGGAGAGGCAGAUAUUUCACAUGGAGAUAGCACAGCUUCUGUACGUGAGAAUCAUACCGACAAAUUUGAAACGGAUUUGUCCCCGUCAGCGCGAAAUGAUAUCAAGAUCUUCAAAAAUCUAUGGAAUCGAAGAAUCGUCAACGUUUCCAGGGACUUCCAAGUAUUCGAGGACGAAGGCCGCUCGAAAUUCAAUAUAAAUCUGCGCAUCCGGAAAGGGACGCAUGACAAUGGAGAACAAGAAAGGAAACUGCGUGUUCGGGGCGAAUUGGAGUCCACUAAUCGACAGGAUGAAUUGAAAACAACGGCAGUUUUACGCAUGAUAUCGGAAUUAAGGGAAGAGGGAUUAUGGGAUUCUUUGGUCUCCCAAGCAGAGCUGGUCUCAGACUCCUCUACCGUUGAACAGCCCUCGUCUGCGACUAUAGAGCCUUCACAUUCUACCGAGGAGCAUGCUGUCACUGAAGACUCUUCUCCAACCGAAAAGACCAUUACUGAAGAGCUUGCCUCCCUUGCGCUCGAGCCGGGCAAGGAUGAUUUUCAAACCAUCAACACUCUGGAGCAGAAAAAGUACAUCCAGCUGGACAUUGAAUUCUCGAGCAAUCAAAAUGAGGGCAUGACCUGUUGUGUGGUGUGCUCGAUACGUAAUUCAGAGCAGGAAUUGCAGGUUCUUGGCCACGGUGUUUCAAAGCGAGACGCGAAAGAGGAAGCUUUCAGCCGGUUAGCUUCCAAGCUACAAGAGAUCGGAAUGUGGGAAGAUUUUUUACAACAGAACCAUACCAGACUUACCGUGAAUGACGAUCUGCUUUACAUGAUGCGCUUUGGGACGCAAAGCCUGAUUGAAGCGAAUGAUAAUCUUCGGUCGUUCAUGACAAUCAAGGAAAAGCGAAUAAGCCAAUCACAGAGAGAUACAGACGCUCAAAAUGUGUAUAGGCAAAAGCGAUCCGAGCAACUAGCCCAAGCGCUUCGCAAGUUUCGCGAGUCCAAAGAUCCCAAGGUAGUGGCUAUUCGAUCUGCAACGGACAGUCUUCCCGUGAACGAACACAAGGAAACGGUCCUAGAUCUUAUCAAGAACAACACCUACAGCAUCAUUGUUGCGGAGACCGGGUCUGGAAAAUCGACGCAAAUUCCUCAAAUGAUUUUGAACGAUGCAAUCGAGCAGAGCUCUGGCGGCUUCUGCAACGUGCUUUGCAUUCAGCCACGACGUAUCGCAGCCCGUAUGCUGGCUCAGCGGGUUGCUCACGAACGACUUGAACAGAUUGGCAAUACUGUGGGCUAUAUGAUUCGAUUUGGGAUUAAGCGCCCAGCCAAAGGUGGUAGUAUCACCUACUGUACCACUGGUCUUGCUUUGAACCUGUUACAAGAUAAUCCUGGUUUACUCAACUCAUUCUCUCACAUUCUCCUUGAUGAAGUUCAUGUUCGCGACAUUGACAUUGAUUUUGUGAUGCUGCUCUUGAAGAAUCACAUCAGCCAAUGUCGAACAGCAGGUCACCCAACGCCUAAGAUUGUGGUUAUGAGUGCGACAGUCGAUGUUGAUCUAUUUGCUUCGUACUUCCAAAAUACGGGACUCGACGGGGAGCUGUUGCCUGCUCCCCAUGUUUCCAUCCCAGGGCGCCAAUUCCACGUGAAACCACAUUACCUGGACGAGAUUCUCGUGGACAUUACCACCAAACUCAAGGAUGACGUUCUUAAGUGGUGUUUGAAAGAACCGUCGACUCUUAAGUUCCUGCAAAACCAUUACCGGAACUACUCCACAGAAGAUACAGCCGAGGAAGUCAAUGAUGAUUUGGAUACACCUUCACCUGAAGAAGAAUCGGACUCGGCAAUCUCUUUGUCAAGCACCAAGAGCGUCAAAGUGGACGAUGCCCAUUUCGUUCCAUCCGGGCUGAUUGCCGCCGUCACCCACCACUUGCUUCACACGAUGGAGACAGGGUCUGUCUUGGUCUUUCUGCCUGGCCUCAGCCAAAUCAUUGCCGCUGAAUCCCAGAUCUUACAAGUCGCGGAAAUGCUUAAAAUGGACUUUUCGGAUGAAGACAAGUUUAGAAUUCUGAAGCUGCACAGCAGUCUCCCCGAAGAGCUUGCUGAACUGGACCAGGAAGUUCCCGAAGGUUGCCGGAGGAUUUUGCUCGCAACAGAUAUUGCAGAGGCGUCCCUCACAAUCCCAGAUGUGAGAUAUGUGAUUGACUCGGGAAAGGUAAAUCAACUGAUGUACGACCCUUGGACCCGAUCUCACCAGAUGACUUGCUGCUGGGCGAGCCGAUCAAGUACCGUCCAACGGGCUGGGCGGGCAGGCAGAGUGCAGGAUGGGGAGUACUUCUUCCUUGGAAGAAAGGAGUGCUUCGACUCACUCCGUAUCACCAAGUCUCCCGAAAUCCUUCGAAGCGACCUACAGUCGGUCUGUCUACGAGCCAAAUUGUCCAAUCCUUCUACACCUAUCGCCGAAUUCCUCAAACAGGCCAUCGAGUCCCCAGAAGCGACCGACAUUGAUAUGGCCAUUGAUUCUUUGAAACAAUUACAAGCACUGGAUGAGAAGGAGAGUCUCACCAACCUGGGGUCUUUAGUCGGUCAUAUGCCUAUACUACCUCCACACCUCGCCAAGUUGGUCGCCCUAGGCGCCAUUUUCCGGUGCCUGGAUCCUCUUUUGAUUUUGGCAACAUUGGGCCAGGAAUCAAACUUCUUCUACCGAGGCAGCGACGAAAAGCAGCGUCAAAAGGCCUGGAAUGACCAAGCUGCAUUUGCAGGGCAGAGUUCCAGUGAUCAUUUUAGCAUCAUCAAUGCUUUCAAGGCUGUCCGCUCCGUAUGGAACGAGCAAGGGUCGCGAGCUGCUCAAAGGUUCGCCUUCUCGAAGAAUGUCUACGUCCCCGUCUAUCGGGAGGCCUUUCUCACGGCCAACCAGAUCCUGCAUCAGCUAGAACAAGCAAGGAUCACCAACAAAUGGCUGUCGUUCGACAAAGAUGCCGAAGGUCAGUUUGGCGGGCCGGACCUGAAUGUCAAUUCGAAUCAUGUCCCUCUCAUCAAAGCAUUGUUGCUUCACUGUCUAUACCCCCGACUCGCUGCACCGAAACCAGACUCGAACACUCUAUUUACAACUCAGACUGAGAGACAGGCAGUUCUGCACUCGGGAAGCAUGACUAAAAAUGGCAAAAAGCCGCCACGAGCUCUGCUCAUUUUCAAUCGCAAAAUCUUGUGGGGAACGCCGCCGACUAUCACCGCGUUGAAAGAGGCCUCGAUCGUGACCCCACUGGCAGCGUGCCUUUUCGGAGGUAAACUGGCGGUGCAACGAUCUUCUAUCAUUAUGGACUCGUGGAUGCGAACGGGCAUUCAAGUGAUUGACAGUCCAGCCACGCCAAAUGAAGUGAUCAAGGAUGUGGUCGAGUUGAACCACGUCCUCAACAAGGCUUUGACCACGACAUUCGAUUCCUACCCCAGCGAUUUCCAAACGCUGCAAAUAAAGAAGAAAAGGGGAAACUUCUUCAAGGCUCGUCAACAAUUCGUUGCAACUUUGCAACAAACCAUCAAAGACAUCCUGGACCGCGACUGCAACCCAGCUCGAGUAUCCGCGCCUGCUGCAUGGAAUGCGCACGACGUUAGUAAAUACUCGGAUGGAGCAUAGCUCUUUUACCAUGUACAAUAGACUCGCUACUUGCUGUAUAUAAAUUUCAAGAUGAAAUAUAGACUAAAAUGUCAAUUCAUACAAAAG